AGUAACGAAGUAAUGAAGUAACGAAGUGACGAGCAACAAAACAUACGACAGGGUAGAAACAAACGGAAUCAACCCGAAUCCAAACCAGUGGAAUCAAACAGAACGGCAUAGGAUAAUUUUUUUUUGCCCCCCAAAUUGUUAUUUGACAAAGUGACAUGCACGCGAGGAGGGUAGUUUGAGGAUUUCCGAGAAAUUUGAGAAAUUUGAGAAAUUCUGAAAAAUUCGAGAAAUUCUGCGAAAUUUGAGAAAUUCUGAAAAAUCCUGCGAAAUUUGAGAAAUUUUUCUAGCGGAGAAUUUUGCCAACAUUUGAGAAUUUUUUGGAGGAGAAUUUUGCGAACAUUUUUGGGGAACCUUUCAAAUCAAACAUUGUUUGAAGAUUCUUUUCCUUUUUUUAUUACUCCUUUUUUUUUUUUUCCCACUCCCGCUUCACUUUUCCGCCGCUCCUUGCCGCUGAUUCUACGCGUGGCGCUGCCUGGGCUCUGCUCCACCACCACGGGACGAAUUCUCCCCGCGCAGAUUCGCCCGCGCCCACUCAGGCGGACGGCCGCCCAGUGAGAAGCCCCUGUUCGCAACCCCCCGCGCGAAUGACGGAUUGGCGACGCUGUCGAAGAGCCGUCUAGCCAUCCGCGUCACGUUAUCUGCAUCACGUUAUCUGCAUCCCGUCAUCCGCCUCACUCCAUCUGCGCCACCGCUACCCCUAACGCACAAUGACCAUCCUGAAAAAGAAGAAGAAGGGGAGUCCCCAAAUAACCCCCGAUGAACGUUACCGGGAGUUGGAUAGCCACGCACAGAAUGAGAGCGAAAUACAAGAGGACGUCCCCAUCAGCAGAAAAAUCGCCAAUUUUUUGAAGCUAGCUUAUAAUGAAAUUCGGGAAAAUAUUUCCAUUUAUCUGCUGAUUAUCGUUUACCUGUGCGUAUGUGUAAUGAAUAAACUGCUGGCAAAGAGGACUCUGAAGAAGAUUGGGAACUACAGCUUUGUAACCUCCGAGACGCACAACUGCAUAUGCAUGGUCGUUUUCUUUGCCUUGUACUUUAUGUUUGGUCGCCGGGUCAUGUCCGCCAAGGAGAGACACCGAAACUUCGGAGUUCAAUUUUUGCUAAUCUCGCUGCUGGACGCCUGCUCAGUUAUCAUCGCGUUUAUAGGCCUCACAAGAACCACCGGGAACAUCCAGUCCUUCGUCAUGCAGCUGAGCAUUCCGAUAAACAUGUUUUUCUGCUUUUUGAUUUUGCGAUACAGAUACCACCUGUUCAAUUACGUCGGCGCAUUCAUCAUCGUCGUGACCAUCGCCGUUGUGGAGUUUAUGCUAUCCUUCGAAACGCAGGAGGAGAAUUCCAUCGUGUUUAACCUCGUGUUGAUUGCCUCGCUGAUUCCGCUAAGCUUCUCCAACAUGACCAGAGAAAUCGUCUUCAAGAAGUACAAAAUAAACAUCCUGCGCCUGAACGCCGUUGUUUCCUUCUUCCAAAUAUUCACCUCCUGCCUGAUGCUUCCGAUGUACACCCUCCCAUUUUUGAAGCAAAUCAAUUUGCCCUUCUCGGAAAUCGGAACGAAUAUAAAAAACGGAUUUAGAUGUUUGUUCCUCGGACAGAACACCAUCGUGGAGAACUGCGGGUUGGGAAUGUCCAAGAUGUGCGACGAUUGCGAAGGAGCAUGGAAAACCUUCAUAGCCUAUUCCUUUUUCAACAUUUGCGACAAUUUAAUCACCAGCUUUAUAAUAGAGAAAUUCUCAACCAUGACCUACACCAUCGUCAGUUGCAUACAGGGACCAGCCAUAGCCAUCGCCUACUACUUUAAGUUCCUUGCGGGAGACGCCGUCAUGCAACCCCGCAUGUUGGACUUUGUCACUUUGUUUGGCUACCUCUUCGGAUCCAUCAUCUACCGCAUAGGAAACAUAAUUCUUGAGAAAAAAAGAAUGAUGGAAGCUGGCAACGACGACGACUCCGAAGGAGAGCUGACCAAUGCAGACUCGAUAAUAACACACUGA